AUGCCGCCGGAGAGGCUAGAGAGACAGUACAAGUAUCGCUUUGGCCAGCUCAAAUACGUAAACAGCGACGAGUGGGCCCUCAUUGCCGAUGAACUCCGGCGCUACGCCGCUCCCGGCAAGAAGACGGUGGUCUACCUCCAAGGCCAGCCGUUGCCGAUGGAGCGCAUCCUAGCGAAACGGAAGCCCCUGGAUGCAGCCAGGAUCACCUUCCGAACGCCGUCCCCAGCGCCCCUCCCGACUAGCGGUUGCUCUCUAGAAACAGGCAACGGACCGAACGGGCAUACCGUGAGGGAUGCGUUUGCCGCCUCUAUGCCCAGCUUGCUAGUUGGAAGCUCUCAGCCAACCGGGGUAUCGCCAGGAUUGGAGGGUGGGGCUGCCGCAUGGCCGAUGCAGGAACCGCCAUUUGACUGGCUCGACGACGCCGGCAUGGUGGUUGUGGGCGACACGUGGGACGAAAUCGGCUUACCGAGUUCUGUCGUGCACGAUGCUUGA